AUGCACAUCGGUCAUCGCAAAAGAUUGGGCACCUUUAUAGUUAUUUUGAUUACGAGUCUAAUUUUACAAAUGAGUCUACAUUACAAGAUAUUUCAGAAAUUAAAAAGGAGAAGUCAAUCUGAUGACUACAGGAUGCCUGAGUCAGAUGUUUUGAGCAAUACGAGUUAUAUAGCUGGCCUAUAUUACUCAAAUUGGUCACCCUACGAGCCGAGAUUACAUUUCCCACAUGAUAUAGACUUCGAGAAAGUGUCACAUAUAUAUUAUGCAUUUCUGUUGAUAGAUCCUGAGACAGGUAAUUUAACUAGCAGUGAUGAAUGGUCGGAUACACAGUUGAACCUUGCAAAGCAAUGUCGAGAGUACAUGUUCAAGAGGUUCACCGGAGAUGAGCUGAAAGCUGUAACAAAUAUACGAGCACCACCUGGCUGUAUCGGUGAACUAAACUAUUUAAGAUAUAUCUACAGUAAAAUCAAGAAACGGAAUGUAAAACUCAUCAUGUCAGUUGGAGGAUGGUCUAAUAGAGAAUCCUUUCCUAUAAUGGUUCGAGAUGAACUGAAGUUUAAGAACUUUAUUAACUCAUGUAUCGAGACAAUGGUGUACUAUGGAUUUGAUGGAAUUGACCUGGAUUGGGAAUUCCCAGAAGAUGAUAGCUAUGAACCAGACGCAUACUUGAGAAUGGCUAGAGAGUUAAAAUUACAGCUACAAAAACUAGAAGCAAAUAUAUUAGGUGAUCACAGCAAUAAAACGUUUCAGCUUUCAAUGGCUACACCAGCGUUUAAAGACAAACUCUCGAUUCUUCCAAUACACAAGCUUGACAAAUAUAUUGAUCUUUGGAAUUUGAUGACUUAUGACUAUUAUGGUGAAUGGUCCGAAAGAACUGGAUUACAUGCCAAUUUAUAUAACGAAAAAGGCAAGCUUUUACAUUUACAUCGUCAUGACGAGGAUGCUGGAUUGAGUGGAGAUGCUGCCAUUAAUUAUAUGGUCAAUCGGUGCAAAAUUGACCCUAGAAAAGUUAUAUUAGGUAUGGCUGCGUAUGGUAGGGGCUUCACUAAUGUAGAUAUGAAGUCAACCAACCCUCAUAAUCCAUAUGGAUUGAAGUUUAGUGGCGUUGGUGGUGCAUCUGAAGGAGAGCCGGGUAUGUGGCUAUAUAAUCAAUUACCAAUUCCAGGCUCAAAUGAGAAGUAUGAUUACAGACAUGUUGGCGCCUAUUGCUAUGAUGAUAGGACACAUACUUUAGUAGGAUACGAUAAUCCAACCUCAGUAAUCGAGAAGGCAAACUAUAUCAUGAGUAACUCAUUAGGUGGAGCCUUUUGGUGGGAAUCUUGCGGAGAUACACAUAAAAAUCCAAAAAGAUCACUGUUAAAUACAUACAUUAGAGUUAUACGAAAUGUCAAAAAUAACAAAGAGACUAUUUACUCAACCACUAAGUUGCAUGACUAUUAUUUGGAAAAUUAUGAUACUAAUGGAUUUCUCACUGGUUUUAUUAAAGAUAUUAUACAAGAAAGUUGA